AUGGCAACAAAUAUAAACUGCAAAAAGAAAUGGCAUCCAAGUAGAUACGAAACACAGAAGAAGGUAAAGGAGGCAGAGGCGAACCUUCAAAGCGAGAAACAGCAGCAAAGCAUAAAGAAGGAGGCAGAAAGAAGAUAUUGUCUUGAAUCGGAAGUAGGAGGGCAAACAAUCAAUAGAAUGUCAUGGAUGCUGUGA